AUGGCUCAAUUGAUAGAAAUGGUGAAAGGUAGUGCCAGAGUUGAGUCUGUUCCUCUUCAAAGAUCAUUGUCACUUUUGAUUCCAUCAAAUCAAGAUCAAGUGGCUCCUAUUAGUUCUAGCACUCUUCCAAAGCAUGCUAAAGCAUUUGGUGACCUAAAUAGUGAUCAAGUCUCCACAAUGGUUGUUGUAAGCAACAUUAAGAGUAUGUUUGGUUAUACCGAUUCAACCAUAAUAGAUGAAGUCCCCAUAGUUGACUACUCUUUGCUAUUUUCUGAUGAUCAUGAUGAACAGCCCAACUCCCUGGAACACCUUGGCAAAGCAUGCCAGGAAUUUGGUUUCUUUUACCUGAUAAAUGGUGUUGCAGAAAGUGUGGUUGAAGGAGCAUUGAAGGGUAUUUCCGAUUUCUUUGAUUUGACAACACAAGAGGAGAGGAGUCAGUUCUUGAAGAAAAAUUCGAUGGAUAGGAUAAGCUGGGGUCUAAGAUCCCAUGCUGGGGAAAACAGAGAGUUUCUGAAGGUAGUGGCACAUCCCCAACACCACUCCCCUACCAAACCAGCCAAUUUCAGAGAUGCCAUUGAAGAGUACUUCAAAAGGUUCCAUGAAGUUGAACUUGGUUUAGCUAAAGCCAUCUCAAAAAUCUUGGGAUAUGAAGAAACCUACAUUGAGAAGGAAUUCAAGCUAGAAGCAGGCUUUGAUGUGUCAGCCAUGAAUCUCUAUCCGCCAUCUUUCCAGUCCAAAGGUUCCAUCGGUGUGCCUGAUCAUACUGACCCCGGCUUUUUUGUUUCCCUCAUACAAGAUGUUAAUGGCGGCCUUCAAAUGCUCUCUCAUAAUGGAAAAUGGAUCGGUGUUAACAUACCCCGAAACGCCAUUUUCAUUAAUUUAGGGGAUCAUCUUGAGAUUUUAACCAAUGGUAAGUACAAGAGUCAUAUCCAUCAAGUGAUCCUGGACAACAACGAAGUGAGAAGAAUCUCCAUGGCUACACUUCAUGGACCUUCAUUGGACGCAUUCAUAGCACCAGGGCCAGGGUUUCUGGAUGAGUCCCACCCACCAGCUUACCGAGGGAUGACCUACAAAGAAUCCUUGGAGUUCAAUGGUUAUGAUGAAAUCGAUGUGCAGUCAUCCCUUUCGCAGAUUCGAUUACCAGUACCCAUCUAAUUUCAUCAGCACAAUACAUAAAUGUUAAAUAUGGUGUU